UGACAUUCAAGCCAGUGCGGUGCAGUUCUGUUCUGCCCUCCCCCUAAAAAAAAAAAGAAAAUUCAGUUAACUUCCUCCGUCGUCUUCCGUCAGGCACCGUUCGGAUAUCCGGACGGUUUAUCCCCAUUUUACCCUUCCCUCUCCUCUUCUAUCCUCCUCCAUAAACCAAAAAAAAUUCCCCAAAUUUUACUUUCCAGAAUAUCACCCAGGUCCCUAGGGUUUAGAAUUUAUCGGCGUGGGUUUCUUGAAAUUUGAGUCUAGUGUUUUCUCUCUAGGGUUAAGCUUGAAUAACAAGAGGGGAGGGAGAGAAAAAAAAUUAGAAAAAAAAAAAGAGAGAGAAAAGAAGGAUCUAGAAGGGUUUGUGGUUUUUGUUCUUUUGGUGAAAUGGCGCAGAUUCAGGUUCAGCAUCAGACUCCAGUGUCGGGGCCCAACGGUGUCGUCUCGGGCGCCGGUGCGAACCAGUUCGUGACGACGUCGCUGUACGUUGGAGAUCUUGACGUGAACGUCACUGACUCGCAGCUCUACGAUCUGUUCAGCCAGACUGGCGGUCAGGUCGUGUCGGUUAGGGUUUGCAGGGACAUGAGCACCAGGAGAUCUCUCGGCUACGGCUACGUCAACUAUAACAACCCUCAGGAUGCGGCGAGGGCAUUGAACCUACUGAACUUCACUCCGCUGAACAACAAGUCCAUCAGAAUCAUGUAUUCUCAUCGGGACCCCAGUGCUCGCAAGAGUGGGACUGCAAAUAUAUUCAUCAAGAAUCUGGACAAGACAAUUGACCACAAAGCAUUACACGACACAUUUUCUUCUUUUGGAAAUAUUCUCUCUUGCAAGAUAGCUACUGAUGCCAAUGGGCAGUCCAGAGGCUAUGGUUUUGUUCAAUUUGACAAUGAAGAAUCCGCACAGAAUGCAAUAGACAAGUUAAAUGGCAUGCUGAUCAAUGACAAACAAGUGUAUGUUGGACACCAUAUUCGCAAGCAGGAAAGAGAAAGUGCUUUGAAUAAGACAAAAUUUAAUAACGUUUUUGUGAAGAAUCUAUCAGAAGCAACAACAGAUGAAGAUUUGAAGAAAAUUUUUGGGGAAUAUGGAAUAAUUACCAGUGCUGUGGUGAUGAGGGAUGUGGAUGGAAAAUCAAAGUGUUUUGGUUUUGUCAACUUUGAAAAUGCAGAUGAUGCUGCCAAAGCUGUUGAGGAGCUAAAUGGAAAGGCAUUUGAUGACAAGGAGUGGUAUGUAGGAAAAGCCCAGAAAAAAUCAGACAGAGAGCUUGAACUGAAAGGAAGAUUUGAGCAGACAAUGAAGGAAGCUGUUGAUAAGUAUCAAGGGAUGAAUUUAUAUGUUAAAAAUUUAGAUGAUAGUAUUAAUGAUGAGAAACUAAAGGAAUUAUUCUCAGAGUUUGGUAUAAUCACUUCAUGCAAGGUCAUGCGUGAUCCCAGUGGAAUUAGUAGAGGUUCUGGAUUUGUUGCUUUCUCAACCUCUGAAGAAGCUUCUCGAGCUCUUGAUGCAAUGAAUGGUAAGAUGGUUGUCAGCAAACCACUCUAUGUUGCACUAGCACAGCGGAAAGAAGAGAGAAGGGCACGGUUGCAGGCACAGUUUUCACAAAUGAGGCCAGUUGCUAUGGCACCUUCUGUUGCUCCACGUAUGCCAAUUUAUCCUCCUGGUGCUCCAGGUCUUGGUCAACAAUUUUUGUAUGGGCAAGCGCCUCCGGCUAUACUUCCACCACAAGCUGGAUUUGGUUACCAACAGCAACUUGUUCCUGGAAUGAGGCCUGGAGGAGCUCCUAUGCCCCAUUUCUUUGUUCCAAUGGUCCAGCAGGGCCAGCAGGGCCAGCGCCCAGGAGGUCGCCGUGGAGGUGGUCCUGUGCAACAAACCCAACAGCCUUUGCCAAUGAUGCAGCAGCAGAUGCUUCCUAGGGGACGAGUCUAUCGCUUUCCCCCAGGUCGCAACAUGCCAGAUGUUCCAAUGCCAGGUGUGGCUGGAGGCAUGCUCUCAGUUCCUUACGAUGUUGGUGGUGUGCCAAUGCGAGAUGCUGCACUGGGACAGCCUAUGCCCAUUCAGGCUUUGGCUACAGCUCUUGCGAAUGCUCCUACAACUGAACAACAGAGGACGAUGCUGGGUGAAGCUUUGUACCCUCUAGUUGAUCAGCUGGAGCACGACUCUGCGGCCAAGGUUACUGGUAUGCUUCUAGAGAUGGACCAGACUGAGGUUCUGCAUCUGCUUGAGUCACCGGAGGCUUUGAAGGCAAAAGUUGCAGAGGCCAUGGAGGUCCUGAGGAAUGUUGCACAGCAGCAUGCUAACAGCCCUACUGAUCAGCUAGCUGCACUGUCUCUUAAUGACAAUCUUGUCUCUUGAGUGUGUCGAUUGGAAGGGUUUGAUGGUUUGAACACUUUGAAUCUACUUCUAUUUUAAUUUUUUAGGUCUUGGAAGUUUGGUGCUUAUUAGAGCUAUGCUCCGUUUUUAUAUCAUGUAGGAUUCUUUUAUCUUGCUACGGUAGCUGUGUUUUGGUUUUGCUAAACUCAAUUUGAAAGAUUUGGAUUUCAGCCA